GUAUAUUAUCGUGUGGGGCAAAUUUGGAACGUAAAAAAAAGCAUUAGCACCCACAAAGUUCCAAAGAUAAUUAAUACUCCAUAUGCCGCCGCUCACGCUUUUCUCUCGGAAUAUAACUCCUGAGUUUUCCAAACUUCAUCAUUUUUCUGGCGAUGCACUUUAGAGUAUUCACGGAUAUUGCCUAGAGAGAAAUUAGUAAAUCAUACACUUUUGCACUUUGAAGGAAAUUUUAUGGCAUCUGGGGAAAAGUGAUGGAAGGCUUGAUUAUUCAUUCCGAUCAAAAUAGAAGCCAUCGAUUUAGUCCCUGUGAAUGCUAAAAUCUUUUUAGAUGUUGCACUGCAAUGACGGUGGUGAAGCCUUAUAUGUCUAGGAAUCGAAGCUUCACAGUGAUGCAUUCUUCUAUUCACAAAACUGCAUCAUGUAGUAGUAUAUACUUUCAAGGGUCUGGUCAUGUAUGCAGACUUUUUUUUGGUGAUGUACACACCUUUAAAGGCAAAGUUCCAAUCUUGUAUACUGCAUUUAGCGAGUUCUCUGAUGCACUCGGCCUUCAUGACUUGGCUUGUUUCACAAUGUAUGACAAGACUAAGUUGACUAGUGAAAACCAAGAAACAAGUGCAUAAAAUAGAGUACUCAAUAAUCAUGCAUUAUCUCUAUUCAAAAAUCAAAGGAAAAUUACAUGAAAAAACUGGUCCAGAGAGUAAAGCACGAGAUAUUAGAGCUAUUGCUCAUCAAUCUCUUUACAAAAAGGGUUCACCAAUAGUAACACUAGCCCACAUUAUUGUAGUUUGCCCCAAUUUCCAUCUAAUAUAUUCAUUCUUCAACUCUAUUGCUAGGCUCUAAAAUGGAGUUUAAAGAUAAGAGACAAAUAAAAUAAAAUACGGAGUAGAACGUAGACAAAAAAUGGCGUAAACUAGAACAAAAUUUUAAAAUAAAUUCUUUGUUAUUGUUUCGAUAUUGCCCCCGACUAAAACUUCAACCGCUCUUCAUCUCUUCAACAGCUUCUUCAUCUAGCUCAUCUUCAACAUCCUAAAGUGCUCAUCUUCAAACAUAACCAAAAGCAAUUACAUGUGACCUUGUGCAUUUUAAUGGUGUAUUGCUGCAUAGGUACACCACAUCCUUAAUCAUGUAAUGUAAUACACUUACAUAUAAUGAACACGGCUUGGUUAAAACAAUAAAUUAUAAAGAAAUAUCUAAUUUAUUUACCAAGUAAGCAAAUAGAAGUUUACAAUGAGUCUAAUUUCUAAUACACCCAAUCAUCAUUAUUGCAAUACCAAUCAUACAAAUAUUUCACAAGAGGUCAAUAACACCAAAAUUUGUCGUCCAAAACUUAAUUCCAAUCAAGUACAAUUUUGACAACACAAAGAUCUGUAGUUUAUACCUAAUCCUAUAAUGUUUAACUAGACAGCAUACAAAUGCGUCAGACACGAAGGGAAGUGCACUACCCGUAAUACACAAUGCAUUACAGUGAAUGAAAUAUAAAAACAAUAUAAAUAUUGGACUACCAUGAUUUAGCAAUGAAGUAACUACUGAUUAAUGUCCCUAUGUUGAAAAUCCAAGAAUAGAUGGACAAAAAACUUUGUCAAUCAGUAAAUCAAACCCCAUCCACUAAUGAACUCACAGAUUGUGAAAAGCAGUGAGAAAUCAAAUUAAAGAACCUACCUGAUUCCAAAGUAGAUGGAGAUGAAUGCCUAAUUCCAUCAACAGUGUUACGAAAUACUCUUUUAGUGGAUGGAGAUUAAGGCCUAUUGUACCCUGAUAACGGUUUAGUAAUUCAAACCUCCAUCGCUAUUGAUGGAACAACAAAAAUAAUCAAGAAACGAAAUCGGUAAAGAAAUUGGGAUCAAGAAACCUCCAUGGGUGUUGAUGGAGAAACAGAAUGAAGAAACGGGAGCCACAAUUCGAUGUGUUGUUUGAGGGCGUCAGAAGAUAAGCUAAAUUCUUGAAUUUUAUUCAUGGAACCAUGAAGAUGCAGAUGAUCCCAUACCUAGAUAAGGAAAACGGAAACCGAAAGAAGAGAAAAUCGUGAGAAGAUUUUCCGGAGAUGAAGAGUAGCGGAUAAAUAAUAAUUAAAGCAGUGUUUU